UUAAUACAGUUAAAAACUUUUAACUAACAAUCCCCUUAUAUAAUUUUCCACUUUCAUACUAAUAUAACCUCAUUUGAGUCAACAACUACUAUUUCAUUGCAUAAUUUUUAAUUAAUUUUUUCUAGUUUCUUAAUACUUGGUAUUUGAGUUCUCUUUUUCUUUUCACCUUUCUCACAAUCCAAAAUUGGAAACAAAUCUAUACUUGAAAAUUCAAGAACAAAUAAUCCAGUGGGCUAUUUAACAAUCUCAUUCACUAUAAAAGUGUUCAAGUGAUUAGGAUUGAGUCUUAUUGAGUUUAUUCACAUAGGAGUUAAGUAAAUUUGGUACACAUUUGAAGAGUAAUGGAGGUUGGUAUGGUUGAGCAAGGUAGAGAAAGAGUUGGACAUGUUAACAAGGUUUGUUAUGUGAAAAGAGUCAUUGCAAAGAAAAGGAAUAAGCCUUAUAACCACCGUAGGGUUAAGAAACAUGUUCCAAAGGCACUUCAAGAGCUAUUUGAUUCAUGCAAGCAAACAUUCAAAGGCCCUGGCACAGUUCCUUCACCACGAGAUGUUCACAAACUUUGUCACAUCCUUGAUAACAUGAAGCCAGAGGAUGUUGGACUAAGUAGAGAUCUGCAAUUCUUCAAGCCUGGAAAUAUUAUUAAAGAGAAUCAAAGGGUCACAUACACCACAGUCUACAAAUGUGACAAUUUCUCUCUAUGUAUCUUUUUCCUACCUGAAAGAGGAGUCAUUCCCCUCCAUAACCACCCAGGCAUGACUGUUUUCAGCAAACUUCUAUUAGGGCAAAUGCACAUUAAGUCUUAUGAUUGGGUUGAUCAUGAGGCCUCUCACAACUUGUUGCAACCAUCAUCAAAAUUGAGAUUGGCAAAGUUAAAAGCAAAUAAAACGUUCACAGCACCAUGUGAUACUUCAGUAUUGUAUCCAACAACUGGAGGCAACAUUCAUGAAUUCACAGCUAUAACUCCAUGUGCUGUGCUUGAUGUCAUAGGUCCACCUUAUUCCAAAGAAGAUGGCAGAGACUGUUCAUACUAUAAAGAUUACCCUUAUAAUGCUUUUCCAAAUGAGGAAAAGAUUGGUGAGGUGAAAGACAAAGAUGAUAGUUAUGGGUUGUUAGAAGAAAUUGAUAUGCCAGAAAAUUGUCAAAUGGAUGGAAUUGAAUAUCUAGGCCCUCCCAUUGAUGACACUAUGUUUUAGUUUCAACAUGUAUUGAUUCCAUUAGCAUCUUAUACAAAUUGUUCCAACCUUUUUUUUUCUUCCCUUUGUGUAUACACUAAGAAUUAAUGUGUGGUUUUUGUUCUUUAGUGGUAAAUUUUAAGUUGAAAAGUAUAUUUAGAUCAUA